AUGCUGCCUCAAAUCACUUUGGAUACGCCUCUUGCGCAAGCAGUCGCAAACGUCAUCCAGCCUAAAUUAGUGGAGAUGGGUUGGAGUGAUGGUCAAGAGUCACCACUGAUCGAAUACAUCGUUCUCAUGCUGGUCAACGGCAAGACCGAAGAGCAAAUCGCCACUGAACUUUCAAACGAUUUUCUUGGCCUCCAGGAAGGCGACACUGCGGCGCUCGAGUUUUCACAAUGGCUUUUCAAUCAAGUCGAGAUGCUCAACCAACAAAUCAACGGGGUUGUUCCAGCCUCGGCUAACGCGACCAUGUUGAAUCCUUCGGCAAUGGAAUUUGACAACUCAGGCCAAGCGAUGCCUAAUCCAUUUGGAGAGACCAACGGGCAAGAUGCUGAGAUGGGCGAGGCCGGAAAUGAGUCGAUCCCCACCGGACCGAAAGCGAUGCGCAACGGCAGAGGUGGCAAGGGGAGAAUGUUGAACCAAAUCAAUCGAAACCUAGACCGUGGCUCGGAUGCGGCUCUGCAUCGUGUGCGCGGACAAGGAAACGGGCGCAUUGGUCACAACGCUCGGGGUCAAAUGAGAGGCGCCGGACAGCAAAGUGGUCGCGGUGGCCGUGGCAUGGGAAUUCCAGGCAAUCCCAUGAUGCAAAUGACCCCCGAAAACCAGAUGCAGCUUAUGUCGAUGUUAGAAGAACAGGCCCGACUGAUGUCUCAGUUCAUGCCCGGCUUCAUGCCACCCGCUGUUAACCCUGCUUUCCAAACUGGUGCCCAGAAUGGCUCUCAUGGUCGUUCGCUCUUCAAUCGGGUGGAGCGAGGUGGCCAGCGUGGAGGCAAGCGUGGCUACAACAAGUCGAGAGUGGCAGAAGGCGCUGAUGUGGACAUGGACAGCAUGACGGGUGGUGAACAAGAUGAAAUUAACCCCGACAGUGUUUGUCGCUUCAACCAACGAUGCGCGCGCCAGGAUUGCCCAUUCGCUCAUCAAUCACCUGCCGCACCCGAAGGCACUUCGAUCGAUCCUUCUGACACUUGUUCAUUCGGUGCAGCUUGCAAGAACAAGAAAUGUACCGGGCGCCACCCUUCACCAGCAGUACGAUCUGCCCACCAGGCCGAGGCUAUGUGUCGGUUCUUCCCUCACUGCACUAACCCCACCUGUCACUUCAAGCACCCGAGCAUGCCAGUCUGCCGCAAUGGAGCCGACUGCAAGACUGAAGGAUGCAAGUUUACACAUGUUGAGACCCCCUGCAAAUUCAACCCCUGCUUGAACCCCAAGUGCACCUACAAGCACGCCGAGGGUCAGCGCGGUGCUUACGCCGACAAAGUGUGGACUCCACGCUCUGGAGAACAUGUCAGCGAGCGCAAGUUUGUUGCGGAUGUGGAUGGACCUCAAGAGUUGAUCAAGCCGGAGACCGAGGAGAACACCCAGCGCCACGAACUGACUGCGUGA